GAAGAGUAACAUUUCAAAAUCGAACUAGCAUCAAUUUUAUUCCAUUAAAUUUUAUCCGAUUCAACAUAUUUCAAUUUUCGAUUUAAUGGUAAUUCUGAAUAAUUUAAACAAAACCCAAUUUAAUAAUUUAUUCCGAUUUGAUCGCAUUUUUUGGUUUAUGAGAAGGAGAACCAACCUAUAUCAACAGCCAUCACUGUUAAACAAAGUACAAAGAAAGCAAAAAAAAGAAAAAAAAAAUGAACACUAUGCACUCAAAACUUCUCUGCCGCUACCUUCUUAAACACAACCGUCGCUUCUGCACCGAACCUAACCCACAACCACUAACGCCGCCGCAAGACGAUGAGCAAAGAAUCACUCAAACAGUUCAACUCCUCCUCGAAACCCCACACCAAGAAUGGUCCUCUUCUCAACCUUUGCAAUCGCUAUUAUUCUCUUCUCCCCUUCCAUCUCCUCGUUCUAUCUUGAAAACCACUCGCAGCUUACCUUCCUAUUGUCAAGCCCUUAAUUUCUUCCAACACCUCCGUGAAAACUCCCCAUCUACAAAUACACAAUCCCUCUCUCAUUCAUUCCAAGCCCUUCUUGAACUAGCCGGCAAAGAACCCGAUGCGGCAUCAAGGUUAUUCGAACUGUAUCAGGCUUCUAAAGAAUGGAGUGUUCCUCUUACUGUCAAUGCCACCGCGCUUCUUAUACGGUACUUUGGGAGACUCGAUAUGGUGGAUAAAUCGAUUGUUGUUUUUGAUGAAAUCGACCUUUCUAUUAAAAGUACACAUAUUCGUAAUAUUUUGAUCGAUGUUUUGUUGAGAGAUGGUCGUAUUGACCGCGCACUCAAUGUGCUCGAUGAAAUGCUUCAACCGGUAUCUGAGUCUCCACCUAAUGGCGUUACUGGGGAUAUUGUUUUCUAUGGUUUGACCAAGAGAGGCAGGAAAGGGAGGAAUGUCAGCGAGGAAGAGUUGAUUAAGCUGGUUUUAAACUUGGGGAAACAUAGUGUUUUCCCAAAGACAAAUUGGCUGACACAAUUGGUUUCUAGCUUAUGUAGGAAUGGGAAAAUAAAUCAAGCUUGGGAUGUUUUGCAUGAACAGCUGAAACUAGGAGCACCCAUUGAAUCCCCAACUUUCAAUGUGCUUUUGACCGGAUUAGUGAGGUGUGGUGACGUUAAAAGAAUGAACACUGUUUUGGCUGAGAUGAAAGAGAGUGGUGUUCUUCCCGAUGUUGUUACUUUAGGGAUUGUAAUCAAUCAAUUAUGCAAGUUAAGAAGGGUUGAUGAUGCAAUGGAGGUGUUCAACAAAAUGGGUGAAGAAACUGGGAUUGAUGGUGUUUCAGUUGAAGCUGACAUUGUUAUUCUCAAUACUUUGAUCAAUGGGCUCUGCAAAGUAGGCAGGCAAGAAGAAGGGUUGGAUUUAAUGGAAAAGAUGAAGUCCAAUAAGGGUUUAGUCCCUAAUACAGUCACUUAUAAUUGCUUGAUUGAUGGGUUUUGUAAAGUUGGAGAGGUUGAGAAAGGGAAAGAACUGUUUGAAAAGAUGCAACAAGAUGGUGUUUCACCUAAUGCGAUCACUGUUAAUACGUUGGUGGACGGUAUGUGCCGACACGGGAGGAUCAAUAGUGCACUCGAGUUCUUCGGUGAUAUGAAGGAGAAAGGGGUAAAGGGCAAUGCAGCAACUGCUUAUACUACUUUAAUUACUGCUUUCUGUAAUGCCGAUAAUUUCUGUAAGGCAGUUGAUCUGUUCGACGAAAUGGUGAGAAGCGGAUGCUCUGCGGAUGCUAUUGUUUAUUAUAGCUUGAUCUCUGGUUUGUGUAGAGCUGGAAGGAUGGAUGAUGCUGGUAAUGUUUACUCGAAGAUGAAAGUAGCCGGGUUCCUCCCUGACAUUGUAUGCUACAAUUCUCUUAUUAGUGGGUUCUGCAAGAAGAAGAAAGUAGAUCAAGCUUAUGAAAUCGUCAAGGAAAUGGAAGAAACAGGAGUUAAGCCCGAUACUAUCACAUUUAACACUUUGAUUGCGCAUUUUUGCAAAGCUGGGAACGUUACACUCGCUCACAGGGUGAUGAAAAAAAUGGUUAAGGAAGGUCUUGCCCCUACGGUUGCCACAUACGGAGCUCUUAUACACGGAUACUGCAUAAAUGGAAAACUUGACGAAGCCAGGAAGAUCUUUAACAACAUGAGUUCCACGUCAAAAGUUCCGCCAAACACUGUAGUAUACAACAUUCUUAUAGAAUCUUUGUGCAAGAAUAACGAUGUCAAAGCUGCACUUUCGCUGAUGGACGAAAUGAAAGCAAAGGGGGUGAAGCCUAAUACCACCACAUACAAUGCAAUGUUUAAAGGGCUUAAAGAGAACAAUUUGUUGGAAGAUGCAUUUAUAUUGAUGGAUAGUAUGAUCGAGCAUGGUUGCAGUCCUGACUAUAUAACCAUGGAGAUUCUCACACAAUGGCUUUCUACUGUUGGUGAAUCCGAUAAAUUAAAAAGCUUUGUACAAGGACACAAGGUUUCUACCUUGACUGCAUAAAAUAGUUGCUAGAUGAGGAUAGUUUUAGUGGCUCGAUUUAAUGAGUUGGCUGGCCAUGUUAUCGGAAAAUUGCUCUGUUUUUGCCGCAGGCCUUUAGCCAAAGUUGUAGUUUACUUUGCAUUGUAUUCAGCUGUGUAUGUGACUGUGAAAAAUGCCGGGUUGGAUCUGUUCCGUUUUGCUCUUGUUUCCGGAUCAAAAGCUUUAAUCGAAUGUUCUUCACCAUAAA